UGUAGGCAUAGGGGUUAAAUUAAAACCACCCAACAAAGCUGCCGAUGUAAAGCCAUCAGCAAAAGCGGAACCACCAGUUGACAUACCAAUACCGACAGUAAAAGUUAACAUACCACCGGUAAAAGUUAAAGUACCACCGGUAAAAGUUAAAGUACCGCCGGUAAAAGUUAACAUACCGCCGGCAAAAGUUAAAGUACCGCCAGUAAAAGUUAACAUACCGCCGGUAAAAGUUAAAGUACCGCCAGUAAAAGUUAACAUACCGCCGGCAAAAGUUAAAAUACCGCCGGCAAAAGUUAACAUACCGCCCGUAAAAGUUAACAUACCGCCGGCAAAAGUUAAAGUACCGCCGGUAAAAGUUAACAUACCACCGGCAAAAGUUAAAGUACCGCCAGUAAAAGUUAACAUACCGCCGGCAAAAGUUAACAUACCGCCGGCAAAAGUUAAAGUACCGCCGGUAAAAGUUAACAUACCGCCGGUAAAAGUUAAAGUACCGCCGGCAAAAGUUAACAUACCGCCGGUAAUCCCAUCAAUUGGCACGGGACUGCCAAAAAAGCCAAAGUUACCAAAACUACCGAUUAAUACAAACUUACCGCUACCAAAACCACAAAUUGAAACAGACUUACCAAAGCUACCGGGACCUAUAACCAACACAAAGUUACCAAUCGAUACAGGAUUCAAGAAGCUACCAGAUCAUAUAACCAACAUUGGUACAGGAUUCAAGAAGCUACCAGGACCUAUAACCAGCGUUGGUGCAGGAUACGGGAAGCUGCCAGGACUGAUAACAAGCACAAAUAGUAAUUCAACUAAUAAUCCUGUUACCUCAUCCACUUUCGGCAAUAAUUCAAAUACCAAACCUGUUACCUCAUCCACUUUCAGCAGUAAUUCAACUAAUAAUCCUGUUACCUCACCCACUGUCGGCAAUACUAAUCUUGUUACCUCGCCCACUAUCAGCAGUAAUUCAAAUACUAAUCCUGUUACCUUACCCACACUUUCCAAUCCUGACCCAACCACCGAUGACAAAGAUUUAAUCGCAGCCACUUCAAAUUCUGAUCAAACAUCAACAACUUCACCUACUACAACUAAUGUUCUUGCACUGCCUAUUGGUGGUACCAACUCACCAAUGACCGAUGGUUAUAGGAAGAAUGAUGAUGGUCAUGAAACUAAAACCCAUGGAAUAGAACCAUAUUUGCCGUUUCCAUCAUUACCAACAAACCCUAGAUAUAUAAGCCCUUAUGAUUCAAGGUCUCCGUAUUUUAUCCCCGCCAUAACAGGAACCAUAAUAGCCAUCAUAUUAAUCAUAUCGAUUAUAUUUAUCGUGAUAAAGAAAACAGUAUUUGUAAAAGGAACUUAUGACAACCGAGGUAAACAGAGGAGAAGCUACUCUUUCUUUAAACGAUUAGAUGAUACAGAGAGUGUACUUAAUGGUGGAUUGCCAACGACACGAAAUAGUCAGUUUGGAACCAUUGAAAAUUUGAAUGAAGUUUCUGUAGAUCCGGAAUCUUCAAUGAACACUGGAAGUGAACAUAGUGUCGCGACCGUUAUAUAG